AUGAUGCCGGCUUUUGCCGUGAUUGGCGGACAAUGGGGAGACGAGGGCAAGGGGAAGGUAAUUGAUUACUUGGCCGAGCGGGUUUCCGCCGUGGUUCGCUACGCCGGAGGCAACAACGCUGGUCACACCGUAGUCAACGGAAAGGGCGAGUUCCAGCUUCACCUGGUACCCUCCGGCAUCUGCUGGCCCGAUGUCUACGGAAUAAUCGGCAACGGCGUGGUGGUGGACCCGGAAGUCCUGAUGGGCGAACUUAACGGGCUUUCGGAGCGCGGCAUAGACACCGACAAGCUCUGCAUCAGCGAACGCGCCCACGUCAUCAUGCCCUACCACGUCCUGCUGGAUGCCUGGGAAGAGGAAGCCCGCGGCAGUUCCGCCAUAGGAACCACCGGCCGGGGCAUAGGGCCCACCUACAUGGACAAGACGGCCCGGAUGGGCAUAAGGGUAGGCGACCUGCUGGCUCCUGAGUCUCUGCGGCCCCGCCUAGAGCAGACUCUAGCCUUCAAGAACAAGGUGAUCACGGCGGUUUAUGGCCGGGAAGCCCUGUCCUCCGAAGAGAUUAUGGAGAAGUCCCUGGAGUGGGGAAACCAGCUUCGACCUUAUGUUUGCCCCACGGAGCAACUGGUCCAGGACCUGCUGGAAGAUGACCAGAACAUUCUGCUGGAAGGGGCUCAGGGUACCCUCCUGGACUUGGACCAUGGCUCGUACCCCUAUGUUACGUCCUCUUCCCCAUCUAUCGGCGGCGCCUGCACCGGCCUGGGACUCAACCCGCAAGCCAUACAGGGUGUGCUGGGUGUGUACAAGGCCUACUCCACCCGGGUAGGCGGCGGGCCCAUGCCCACGGAGGUAUUCGGAGAAGCUGCCGAUGCCUGGCGGGAGAUGGCAAACGAGUUUGGCGUGACUACCGGGCGUGCCCGCCGAGUCGGCUGGUUCGACGCGGUGGCCGGCAGGUACAGCCAGCAGGUGAACGGAUUUACCGGCAUGGUAUUGACCAGGCUGGACAUUCUCGACGGCUUUUCCUCGGUCAAGAUUUGCGUUGGCUACCGGGCCAACGGGCAGGAAGUGAAGCGGUUCCCGUCGGACACACGUCUGCUGGAACAGUGCGAGCCGGUUUACGAGGAGAUGUCAGGCUGGGACGAACCCACCGCCAAAGCUACGUCGUUGUCCCAGUUGCCGGGCAACGCCCGUGCCUACGUCAGUCGAAUCGAGGAACUGGUGGGCUGUCCGGUCCAGAUUAUCUCCACCGGCCCAAGGCGCGACGAAACUAUCCUGGUUGAGCCGAUCAUAGCCUGA